AUGACAGGCGCAUGGCAAGCCGUCGCCAAAGUACGCCUUUCCGUGGCCGGGGGUUACACUCGCAAGGAGCGCGCGCGCUACCUCGACGCGGAGAUCCAGAGUCUCGAGGACGUCUUGGCGCAAGCAAAGCAGCUCCACAACACCACGAACCCCUUCGCCUCUCUUCCGGAGGAGAUCCUACUACACAUCAUGCUCCUGCAUCGCGACACGACCUCUUCACCUGAAAAGGCCGACUAUAUAUGGACUCGUAUCGCCGAAGUCUGCCGGCGCUUCAGGGACAUCGCGCGCGCGCCUGUGCUCUUCACGAAGUUGUCUGACCACAACUUGCCUCCAGGCCUCAUAGCCCGCUACCUCGAGCGCUCUAGGCUCAACGCACCAAGAGCCCCUCUAUCUCUGACACUCGGAAGUCGCGCAUAUGAUGUGCCCUCUCUUGGACCAGCCAAUCUGCUAGAGGAUCUCGCGGCGCAUCACCUCAACCGCCUGCAAACUCUCAUCUUGGACGAUCACUUGCACCACGAGAUCUACGCCAAAGGGAAGGUUGUACAGCGGCUCCUGUGGCCCGCAUGUCAUAAGCUUUCUCAGCUCAAGAGCCUGACGAUCAAUCGUUACGUCGAGCGGGAGAACGAAGAGGUUCCGCAUCGACGCUUCAUCAUGCCUGUUGACUCGGAUGGUCACCUCAUCACUCAUUGGGCACCGCCUCCUUCUCUUGAAACGCUCGUCUUGCACAUUACACCCUUUCCUUGGAAGUGCAUGAUCUAUGACGAUCUUCUCAGCUUGACGCUCAGAGCGGUACACAUACCCUCCCCUGACCUUGUCGACCUGCUCUCCCGCAUGAAACGCAUCGAUAACCUCGUACUUGAUCGGGUCAAAGUGCUCAGCGAUAGCGCUGAGGCUUUAAGAUCUCGUGGUACAUACGCUCCUCCCGCCUCGCUCAAGAAGUGGCGCAUAUCCAUGGACACACAGCAGAAGGAGGACAUUUCGUCUCUUUUGGCGUUCAUGCACCCCUCCACUUCCAUCUCGUACACCAUUGACUUGCACAACGAUCCAGAAUGCCUGGACAACAAGAUAUCGUCUUUCCUUGUGUCACACUUUGAACCACACUCGUCGACGCCUCAAGAGCUCUCGGCGCGAUUCGGCCGUUGGGAGGAUGGAAGCUCGAAAAAGACUGUCUUGAUUCGAACGGCCUUUUGUCGCACCCUUGAGCGGGAUGCUGUCCCAUUUAUGACAAUCACAUACACGCAUGCCUCUAGUCUCGGCAAGAAGACCACGGGCGAAGGCAGGGAGCGCUAUUCGCCUUCGAACUAUCUCGUCGGCAAUUUCAGGCCGACGUGGGCCGCGAUCUUCCCGUCUUUCCACAUGAUAACGCAAAUGGAGCUCGACUGCGGUACUCACUACGGCCCACACGAGCUCUUAAGAGCCUUCAACUGUAUACCAAACGUCACCACUCUACAUAUCCGGCAAGAUAUGCUGCAACCCACGCUCACGAUGUUGGUUUCACCCUCCACGCGCACUCCCAUGAUAGACGCGCUCCACGUCAUUCCGAGCCGGUACUAUGGUUACCAGUCGUAUCAUGACACUAUCGAAGUACGCCUCUCUGAGGUCGGGGGUACCACUCGUGAAGAGCGCGCACGCUACCUCGACGCGGAGAUCAAGAGUCUCGAGACCAUCCUGGCGCAGGCGAAGCAGCUUCACAACACGACGAACCCCUUCGCCUCUCUUCCGGAAGAGAUACUGCUGCACAUAAUGCUCCUGCACCGCGACACCGGCCCUUCAUUUCGGAAUGGCGAACCUAUCGAACUAUGGACUGGUAUCAUCAGAGUCUGCCGACGAUUCCGAGACGUCGCGCGUGCGCCCGUGCUUUUUACGAGGUUGUCCGAUCACAAUCUGCCUUCACACCGCAUAGCCAGUUACCUCGAGCGCUUCCGAACCAGCUCGCCUGCAGCCCUUUCCCUGACGCUCGGAGCACACCACUCCAAUCGCUUGCGUUCUCUAGUCCUGGACGAUCAUCAUCUUCACGAGGUAUACGCCAAGGGCAAGGUCGUUCAGCAGUUCCUGUGGCCCGUGUGGUCUAAGCUUUCCAACCUGAAAAGCCUGGCCAUCCAUCGUUACGUCGAGGAACAGUGGGAGCGACGGGUGACCUAUGGACGUUUCAUUGAGCCUAUCGACAUGGACGGACUUCCUAUCGCCAAUUGGUUACCCCCGCCAUCGCUCGAGAGUCUCGAACUGCUCAUCACCCCUUUCCCCUGGAGAUGCGCUAUCUACGAUAACCUUCUGAGGCUCACGCUGAAGAUGGUGCACAAACCCUACCCCGAUCUCAUCGGCUUGCUCUCUCGUAUGCGGCGCAUAGAACACCUUACGUUCGAUGAAGUCAAAGUUGUCGCCGGCGAGACCCCCGGUAGGUGGGAGUUGCCGCGGACGUACGCUCCCCCCGUGUCGCUCAAGACAUGGCGUGUCGCGUUCGACACAAGGAAGAAGGGGGAUUGCUCGCCCUUGCUGGCGUUUAUGCAGCCCUCCGCGUCUAUCUCAUACGUUGUUGAUCUACACGGCGAUCCUGGCUACCUGUCGAACGACCUCACGAACUUCCUUUCCGAGCACUUCGAACAGCGGGUGCCGCUGCCACCUGCACUCUCGGUCCAUUACAGUAUGAAAGUCCAACCGGGCUCCGAUCCUGAAGCCAAAGACAUGUUCCAUGCCCGAACCAGCUUCUUCCGCAGUUCGGACCGAGAUGCCGCACCCUCUGUGACGGUGAACUACACGCACGCGCUCGACGGGAAGAGCGCGGAGAAGAACAAGCCGCCGUACAAAGUAUCUUCCUAUCUAAUCGGGCUUUUCAAGCCGGACUGGGCAUGCAUCUUUCCAUCGUGUCACACGGUGACCGAACUCUCCCUCGACUUCGGCGAAUACUACGACGCUGGCGACCUUUUAAGCGCCUUCAAAUUCUUCAGAAGCGUCACCACCCUGCGUGUUCCUGAAGAUAUGCUAGAAAUGGCACUCUCUGUGUUGAUCGCACUCCGAGCGGACGUCCCCAAUAUCGACGUGCUGCGCGUAGCCCCAAGCGAGCGAUACGGCUUUCAGUCCUCGAAAACCACCAUCGAGCUGAUGUAUCUCUGGGUGCACACUCUCAGGGAUGAUGGGACCCUUCCUAAGGAUGUGCGUGUGCCGUCGGCGCUUGAUGCGGGUUUGACUGCGCGCAUGGGAGAGGGUUGGAGAUCACGGCUUGCUCAGUAG